AUGUUAGAAAUUCGUCGAGAACAAGAGUCGGAUAAAGAUGAAGUAUUUCGAAUACAUCAGGAUAGUUUUCAACGUGAUGAUGAAGCUCAACUUGUUGAAAAUCUUCGAAAAAAUAGUCAAUUUAAUACAAAUCUUUCAUUUGUUGUAUUAAUUGAUAAUAAAAUUGUAGGACAUCUUUUAUUUACACCUAUUAAAAUUAAUUAUUCAUUGUCAUCAAAAUCAAUUUCGAGUCUUGCACUUGCACCUAUUUCAAUUUUGACUGAAUAUCAAAGACAAGGAAUUGGUAGUAAAUUAAUUGAGUAUGGAUUAAAUGAACUUAAAUUACAAGAUUUUUCAUCAAUCAUUGUUCUUGGUCAUGAGCAUUAUUAUCCACGUUUUGGUUUUGUACCUGCUAGAAAGUAUAACAUUCGAGCUCCAUUUCCUCUUGAUAAUGAUGAUUGUUUUAUGGCACUUGAAUUAAAACCUCAAACAUUUCCACUAAAUGAUGGAGAAGGAGUUGUGCAAUAUUUACCAGAAUUUGGCUUAUAA